AUGGCAGGCUCCGACCCAGAAAUAAGCACAUUGGUCGAUUGUUAUAAGGCGACAGCAGCGGCUGCUGGCGUCUGCGCAGGGAUUACGCUUUUCUAUAUCCUAAAGAACCAAGACCUUGGCCUAUCUAUCUAUAAACUUCUAAUUAAUGGAAUGGCUCUAACCUAUACCUUGACAGCUAUCAACUUACCAACUGAUGAGAAUAAUGAUAUUGACAUUGAUGUUAUAUACACUAAAACGAACACGAUUCAGUGGUAUCGAUGUUACUAUUGGUACGAUUUUGCUGAUUAUCCUUUGGUUGUCUGGGGUAAAGUUGUUUACUUGGUAAUUGUAUUUAGCCCGCUGUGGGAUAAACUUAGUAUCUAUAACGCAAGCUUGAUGGUGGUUCUUGCAAUUAGAGUGGCAGUCGUUAUAUUUGUUGCGAUUCGGUUGUUAUAUCAUUUCGGGGAGACUACACCAAAACCGUCUUUAUUAUUUGCGUUGAAUCAAAUUAGACUUUUGUUCAUAUUCGUGAGUGUAGUAUUACAAGGAACGGGUUCACUUGAUCACAAUUUCUAUCCGGUUAUACCCGGGACCGUAAUUAUGAUCAUAAUUUUGUUUUUAACGUCUUUCAAGAUUGAAUGUCCUCAAGAUUCACAGAAUUCAGGCACUGCCAAUGUAGCAGUCGUGGGAUAUGUUCCCCCAAGCACUGUCAAUACAACGGUCAUGGGACAUGUCCCUGCCACGGUUUGA